UAUUUCAUCUACACCCAGGGAGAGCUAUCAGUGGUUGUCGAUCGAACUUGAAUACGAAUCCGACCGCCUUCAUCAUGGCGUUCACUAUUCUGGGGUUUACCGUUUCAUGGCCUUUGGUUGGUACAUUAGUAGCCAUCAUUGUUGGGUAUGAAAUUUGGCAUAUGACAUAUUUCAAACGGAAAGGAAUCAAGGGGCCAACUCCUUAUCCUGUUGUGGGCAACUCGCUUGAUAUGUUUCAAGGAAUUCAUUGGACGACUCAAGACUAUGUCAAAAAGUAUGGAAAUGUCUUUGGCAUGUUCAUGUUUUCAUCGCCUGUGUUCUUCAUAAGUGACCUUGAAAUGGUGAAGGAUAUCACAGUCAAGAGUUUCAGCAAAUUCAUGAACCACAAGACAUUUGUGUUGAAGUCUCGGCCAUUUGACAAGGCAUUAACAGGCUUAAAAGAUCAGCACUGGAAGGAUGUGAGAAAUGUCAUUACACCAACCUUUAGCGCAGUCAAGAUGAAACAGCUGUCGGUAUUACUCAAUGAAUCCAGUGACACUUUGGUAAAAAACUUUGGAGCGAUUCAGGAGAAGGAUGGCAAGGUGAAAGUAUUUGGUUUAUUUGAAGCCUUCACAAUGGAUGGAAUUGCCAAGUGUGCAUUUGGAAUACAAGUAGAUUCACAGAACGACCCCAGUGAUCCGUUUGUCACCAAUGCUAAGGACUUGAUGAAGAAUAGGUUCUCUUUGAGUACUAUGAUUGCUGUAACAUUCCCUAGAAUUGGCAAAAUAAUGGAUUACUAUGGAGUCAGCACAAUGUCACCUAAAAUUUCGAGCUUUUUCAUAUCUGUGGUUGAUCAAGCUAUUGCUGCUCGCAAGGAGAGUGGAGGCUCAAAGAUGAAAGACUUCCUUCAGCUCAUGUUGAAUGCAGCGCAGGAGAACAAAUCAGAGAAGGAGAUGAUAGAAGAGAAACCGCAGGAUGAGAAAGUAGAAGGUGAUCUCCAUGCUUUGAUUGAAGACCAGGACAACAAAAGCUACUUUGAUUUGAAGAAGAGUAAGAAGACAACUCUGACAAAGGAUGAGAUAUACGGACAGGCUAUAAUCUUCUUUCUGGCUGGGUAUGAAACCAUCAACACAACGCUCGGUUUCCUGACCUAUUCCCUGGCUACUAAUCCUGAGGUUCAAGACAAACUCAUUGAAGAAAUUGAUAACGAAACCCCAACUAGAGAGGACGUUGGCUAUAACUCCAUUGCAAAGAUGUCCUAUCUGGACAACGUUGUUUGUGAGAUUCUUCGGCUCUAUCCUGCAGGCGUUAUAGUUGAACGACAGUGUAAUGAAACCCAUGUCUGCAAUGGCCUCACCAUCCCUAAAGAUAGUCAAGUCAUGUUCCCUGUCUUUGCCAUCCAUCGUGACCCUGCAAUCUGGCCCGAUCCAGAGAAGUUUGACCCGGAAAGGUUCACUAAAGAGAAUCGGGAGGGGCGCCACCCCUUGGCCUGGAUGCCAUUCGGUGCUGGUCCUAGGAACUGCAUCGGGAUGAGGUUUGCUCUGAUGGAGAUCAAGAUGGCCACCGUUCGUCUUCUCCAGAAGUACCGAUUUGAGACCUGCCCAGAGACUCAGAUCCCCCCGAAAUUUGCCAAAAUGAGCCUCAAACCCGACGAUGAUUUGUAUCUUCGUGUUGUGGAGAGAAGCUAGACCAAAGGAACAAGAAUGUAGGUACAAGAGUCACAAUACUCUCGGAAUGGUAUUGAUCAUACCAUUAAGGACAGGAUAUGGUUAUAGGAUAAAUGAAUUAGCUUUGAUUCUUUAAAUUGGCAGCACAUCUUCUUGUACUGUUUCAUCAACAUGAAAAGAAAAAUAUUUUAUUGUAAUCGAAACUUAUUUCAAAGAAAAGUAUAGCAAUACAGAAAUGUGCACAUGUACAAAUAUAAUAAUCAUAACAGGUCCAUGAACCUAUUCAGUUUCCAGGCAGGGUAUUUGUGUUUUUACAUCAAAAUCUUUCUGAUGAAUGAAAGCUACAUUUGAUAAAUGUGAUACAAAUAACUAUACAUGUAUUUGAUUAUUCCUAUUUUGUCAUUAUUUUUUAUUAUGUAACUUUUGUAUGGUAGUGAAACUCAGAAAUUUCAUAAUGAAAUCUUAGUGAUUUUAAGCGUCAUCCAUUAUUAAAUUAGCUACAUAUACCGGUAUAUGAAUGAACCAUGUGUGGUAUAUUUGUUUCUGCUUCUAUUUUUUGUGCUUAUUGUAGCCAUAUUGAUCAUCAUAUGCUGUAUAUGCCAAGUAGAUAUUGAGGUCAAAUACAUAAUGGCCUUAUGUAAUUAAAGUAAUAUGUUCUCAAUAGGUAUUUUAUCAAUUAAUCUACAGGGGAGUUCUUCUGAUAUCAGAUUUCAUUUCUUACAAAGAAGCUUCGGAACCUAUUACUGUAACAUUUCACACACAAGAUCUGAAUGAUAAAUUUAUAACACUUGCCAAGUUUCACAGGGUUUGUACAUAUCUACAAAAGGGACUUACUGCCUUUAUAUCCUUGUCGGCUUUUCGUGUAUGUGUAGUAGAUUAUUUUCACAAUUUCAUUGCAUUUAUUUUAGGUUUUAGCACUGCGCGUUAAAGUAGCAUUGAUUUUUAGAAGUAAUUCCGAUACCUUGAAGCUAUAAUCCUCACAUACAGAUGUAUUUGAAAAUUCCAUAUGACAGUCUAACUUCUAAAAGCUUGUGCAUUCUAUCAUUGGUAAAUCACUAUAUUGACUAAUCUUUUUGGUUAUUAAAGGUAGACUUUACUACUUCAGCCAGAAGGGAUUAGACCACACAGCGAGCCAGCGAGGUCACUGUGACAGGUGGCCAUCUCAUUAAGUCAGCUCUCAUUCAACAUAAGAAAAAGAGGAUUAUGGGGGACCAACAGGCACCGAUUGGGGAAGUUUUCUAUAUAGAGGGAGCAAGUAGUAACAAGUAGGACAGUGUGCCUUUAAAUGUGGUGUUCCUGUCAACGAUAUUGAAGUCACAAAUCAAAUUAAGAUUAACAACUUGAUACCAAGUACUAUAUAUAUUAAAUUGUCUUCUUUCUUGUAUCAUUACCUGGGCAUUUUAGCAUUCAACAGUAUGCUGGGGAUGCACUUCAUAAAAGUAGGAUGGCAUUACCGAAACUUGGGGGGGGGGAACCAUAUCAAAUGUGGAUUGAAAAGUUAGAUGAAAUAGUGGAAGGGGACAUGGUGAUACCCCCUCAAAACUGGAUUAAUGCAUUACAUAUUUAUAAGGUUCCCUUUGGAUCAUAUGAUGACUUGUUUUACAUGUACUGAGCAAGUGAGCAAAAUUUCACACUGAGAAUACAUGCUGAAAGCCUCUGGCUGUGUUUUAUGUAUUGCCUUUUGCAGGCUAUGGAGCAGGGGUCAAUCAAAUGAUAUAAAGUGUAAACAAAAUCAAGACAUUAGAUUUUCAUGUAAGUUAAAUGUCAUCUUUAGUGUGCAUUGGACAUUUUAUGUACUUGAAUGAAAUGAAAUUUCUUGCUUUGAAUACAUGCCAAAAGUGUCUGGCUGUGUUUUAUGUAUUGCCUUUUGCAGGCUAGGGAGCAGGGGUCAUCAAAUGAAAUAAAAUGUAAACAAAAUCAAGACAUUAGAUUUGCAUGUAAGUUAAAUGUCAUCUUUAGUGUGCAUUGGACAUUUUAUGUACUUGAAUGAAUAUAUAUAUAUAUAUAUAUAUAUUAUAAUUAAAUUUAUCUUUCUAUGAAGGCUAAAUUUUCACCAAAGAUGUAAACUAACAAAAAUGCUUGAUUUUCAUAUAAUAAAUACACAUGAAAUUA